AAAAAAAAAAAAAAAAAAAAAAAAAAAAUUGUUUUUUUACAGUCUCACCAAUUCUGUUUCAAUAUGGACAUUUUUGAGUCCCUUGAUAUUAAAAUACCAAAUGCAGUUAUAGUGCGUGGUACACCAAAAUGUGAAUUAGAUGAGGUUGAGGAUUUUCUGCUCCAAUACGGUGCAAUAGAGCGCUCUGUUAUGAUAAACUCAACUGAAAGUGAAUACCAUGAAAUGCUAGUUGUUGAAUUUAAAACUACUUCAGCUUUUGAUUUAUUGGGUCCAAUACUGCCAUAUAAAUUUAAACCUUCACAAAACGAAUACUGCGUUAAAAAUCUGUCAAAAGUUUACGCAGCUAGUUUAGGUUGCUCCAAAACAAAGACUUACCUGGCUGACUUAAAACAAGUGGCUAAGAUGUCUGGUCAAGAUUUUACUGAAGUCUUACAGGAGCUGAUGACCCAGAUAAAUGAAGCUGUCACUGAACUGUGCCCUUCCUCAUCUCAGAGCUGCACUAAGGAACAGUCUACUGCACCACAGCACAAAAUGGCCACCGAUUCUGUUCCACCACGACUCAAAAUGGCUGCCACUCCUGUACCAUCCGCCCAUAACAUGUCUACUGCUGAACUCAAUCCACCAGAAGUCCAGAGGUAUGUUGUGGAGCACAUAGUUAAGAGUGAUGAUAUUGCCAUACGUUCAUCCCACAGACUGAGGCUGUUUUCUGGAAAAGUCCCCCGCCCACAGCAUGAAGUGGACUAUGAUACCUGGCGCUCUGCUGUGGACCUCAUCUUGAAAGACACUGCUAUCUCAGAGCUCCAACGGUCCAGAUUCAUCCUUGACAGCCUUUUGCCACCUGCUGCAGACAUUGUGAAACACCUCAGCCCAGAUCUACCAGCAGAAAUCUACAUCCAACAUCUUGAUUCAGCUUAUGGGACAGUACAAGACGGGGAAGAGCUCUAUGUCAAAUUUAUGGACACUUUACAAGACUCAGGGGAAAAACCAUCUGCAUACCUACAGCGAUUACAAGUAGCCCUGAGCCUAGCCGUAAAGCGGGGAGGAGUGAAGCAGAGCGACGUAAACAGACACCUGCUCAGUCAGUUUUGCAGAGGAUGCUGGGAUAAUAGCCUCAUCUCCGAGCUCCAGCUGAAGCAGAGAAAAGCAAACCCACCUUCUUUUGCUGAACUGUUAUUGUUAUUAAGAACUGAAGAAGAUCGUGAAGCAUGUAAAGCCCAGCGGAUGAGACAACACCUCGGAACAACUAAACAAAAAGCUGCUGCUCAAGCUCAGUUUGUAGUAGAAGAAGAUGGAGUUUCUGCUGCUCUAUCCUCACUCACAAAACAAAUAGCUGACAUACAGAAACAACUUGCCGCUCUAACAGCCUCCCAGUCUGCUCAGUCCCGCCCAUCGUAUCCUCUAAGAGGGCCUCCAGUCCCAAAGCUGCAAACGAGACAAAGAAUAGCUCCAAAAGCCCGAUCAUCAAGUCCAAAGCCUGGUUUCUGUUUCCGUUGUGGAGAAGAUGGACACAUUAAGCCACAAUGUGAGAACCGUCCCAACCCAGCACUCGUUAGCUCCAAACGUAAACAGUUCAAUGAUAAGAAGCAAAGGUGGCAACCACAAAACCAAUAUUCAAAUGAACAUUUAAACUAACUUCAGUUCCUGUCGUGGGACAUACAGGAACUGUGCAGGACCCACACUGUCCCGCCAACAAACCGAAGAAACAUGCUUGCUGUGCAGAACUACAACAGCCCAGUCCAGGACCAACAACAAGGCUGCCCAAAGGACUUAUUGGAUCACGAUGCACAGCAGAAGUGAACAUUGUUGGUCACACUCACCAGUGCCUGCUCGACACCGGAUCUCAGGUGACCACAAUACCGGUUUCAUUUUACAAUCGCUAUCUUCAUGAACAGCCCAUCAAUCCAUUACACAAUUUGCUCCAAGUAGAAGGUGCCGCUGGUCACAAUGUCCCAUACCUUGGCUAUGUUGAAAUAACCAUACAGUUUCCUAAAGAAUUCAUUGGUGAAGAAUACAAUAUAGCCACACUCGCUCUAGUUGUCCCAGAUGCACGACCUGAUGUCCCAUCUACUGUACUCGUCGGCAUGAACACUCUCGAACCGCUGUAUGAGCAGUACAUUUCUGAACAUUCCACAUUCCUACCCAGUGCUCAUGGUUACAGAGCUGUCUUGAAGACACUACAGUUGUCACACCAGCAGAAGGAUCAAGGCAACAUCGGAGUUGUGAGGCUUCUCAGCAAGACCCCAGUGCGUGUUCCGGCCGGCCGCACUAUUGUCAUCGAGGGCUCAGCCAAAGUCUCCUCUCCACCAUCCAGCCAGAGUGUCCUCCUUCAACAUCCUGCCUCCACCCUGCCCGGUGGCCUGUGUGUCAGCAGCUGUCUCAUAUCUCUUCCGGCUCUUCCACCAUGCAAGGUCCCUGUGGUCAUCACCAAUGAAUCACAGCAAGACACAUUCAUUCCACCAUAUAGUAUCAUUGCUGAUUUAGAGGCAUACCACUGCGUCCUCUCCGAACAGCAAGUGACCCAUCUUCCAGCUGAGAAACCAUCAUUCAGCCUUAAUAUCAACUUCAGUGAUUCUCCACUGUCACCGGAGUGGAAGAAGAGGGUUACUGAGAAACUGGAAGCUGUCACAGAGGUAUUUUCGCAGCAUGAUCUGGAUUUUGGAUGCACAACUGCUGUUAAACACCACAUUCCACUCCACGACAAUACACCAUUCAAACAACGUGCCCGGCCAGUCCACCCGCAGGAUAUCGAAGCUGUCCGCCGACAUCUACGGGAGCUUUUGGAAGCCGGUGUAAUACGGGAGUCGUCAUCAUCCUUCUCAUCUCCUGUCGUGGUGGUUCGGAAAAAGAACGGCGAUGUCAGACUGUGUAUCGACUACCGCAAAUUAAACCUCCAGACCAUAAAAGACGCGUAUGCUCUACCAAACCUUGAAGAAUCAUUUUCAGCCCUUUCUGGAUCCAAGUGGUUCUCAGUGCUAGAUCUGAAAUCCGGUUAUUACCAAAUUGAAAUGUCAGAGGAAGAUAAGCCCAAGACUGCCUUCGUUACUCCCCUUGGGUUUUGGGAGUUUAACCGGAUGCCUCAAGGUGUCACGAACGCACCGAGCACAUUCCAGCGCCUAAUGGAGCGGUGCAUGGGAGAUCUCCAUCUGAAGGAGGUGCUUGUGUUUUUGGAUGACCUCAUCAUUUAUUCAGACACUUUGGAGGAGCACGAACGCCGACUACUGAGAGUCCUGGACCGGCUACGACAAUACGGACUGAAGCUAUCACUUGAGAAAUGUAGAUUCUUCCAGAAAUCUGUGCGUUACUUGGGACACAUUGUAUCAGAGCGAGGAGUGGAAACCGACCCAGAGAAAAUUGAAACCAUAAAGACCUGGCCAAUUCCCACCACACUCAGACAAUUAAGAUCAUUUCUGGGCUUUCGCGGGAUAUUAUCGCCGC